CGUGCUGAUUGGGCGCUCAGGUUGGCGAGUGAACGCCCUGCAGAUUAUGUCAGAUUGCGUGCGGGGAACCAAACCAGCCCAGCCUUUGAACUUCGCCGCUUUUGGCUCGUAUUCACGCUCUUCCGCUCAUUUCCAAACCAGGUGCUUGACGACGAACCUUCGGCGCGGGAGAGAGAGAGAGAGAGAGCGAGAGGGAAAGAGACAGAUAGACAGAGAGAGAGAGAGAGAGAGAGAGUGAGAGAGAGAGGGGGAGAGAGAGAGGGAAAGAGAGUGUGUCGCAGCAACAAAAAGAAAAUAAGACUUUUUUUUUACGACUCCUGCAAACUGACUGCGGAACAUUGCUUUCACCUUUGUGGAUUUCUUUACAUCUUACGUGUUUUUCCCUCCUCCCGUGUUUCCCGCUGCAGUCCUGAACGAGAUCUGUCACCGGACUUGAACGCGGCGCUGUGUUUUUCAAACUCUGGGAAAAGCAAAACCCCGGUUCGCUGGAUUCUUAUUCUUAUUAUUUGAUUCUAUUUCAUUUUUGCCGUCCCGCACCCCCUCCUCCUCCUCCUCCCUUUUCCCCAGACUCAGAACAUCCCCAGACGUGGCAUAACUGGUAGGUCUGGCAUCUGGACAGGUGAAUAGUUCCCCCCCUACCUCCCGGCAACAACUUUGUUUCCCCCCCCUCGUCGGUAACAUUGAGGAUAAAACAAGUCCACUUUUAUUUUUUUUUAUUUUUCUAAAAAGAUGUCGAAGCCUGCCGAUCACAUCAAGAGACCCAUGAACGCGUUCAUGGUCUGGUCCCGGGGCCAGCGGAGGAAAAUGGCUCAGGAGAACCCCAAAAUGCACAACUCUGAGAUCAGCAAAAGGCUCGGCGCCGAGUGGAAGCUGCUCUCCGAGUCCGAGAAGAGGCCGUACAUCGACGAGGCCAAGCGGCUGCGGGCUCAGCACAUGAAGGAGCACCCCGACUACAAGUACAGACCCCGGCGCAAGCCCAAGAACCUGCUGAAGAAGGACAGGUACGUCUUCCCUCUGCCUUACCUCGGCGACAGCGACCACCUGAAGGGACUCUCCGUCUCGGCCGCGGACUCCCUGCUGAGCCACUCGGAGAAAGCCCGGGCGUUCCUGCCGCCCACCUCCUCCCCGUACUCCUUCCUCGACCCGAGCCAGUUCAGCUCCAGCGCCAUCCAGAAGAUGACGGAGAUGCCGCACGCGCUGAGCGCCGGCGCGUUGCCCUACGCGUCCUCUUUGGGAUACCAGAACGGCGCGUUCGGCGCCCUCGGGUGCCCGAGUCAGCACACCCACACCCACCCGUCGCCCACGAACCCGGGCUACGUUGUCCCGUGCAACUGCACGGCCUGGUCAACGUCGAGUUUACAGCCCCCGGUAGCCUACAUACUUUUUCCAGGUAUGACCAAGAGUGGGAUAGACCCAUAUUCAUCCGCGCACGCCACCGCCAUGUAACCCUCAAGACUGUUUUCUUUUUCUUUUCUUUUUUUAAUUCACUUGAAUACUGAAAUGCAUGUAAAUAUAUUAUGGACAAAGCGCCCCGUUUAAAAAAGAGAGAGACGCCUGAACAGUAUUAAUUGCCUUGGACUUGUUAUGGCAAAAAAAGGAGGAGAAAAUCCCCCCCAAAACUUUUCCAGAAAUCCAACAAGUUCCCGACCGGAGCAAAAGAGCUUGGAUAUGGUGUACAGGACGGUGCCCUGUGAACUGUAAGAAAUGUAAAUGUUAUAACGUUUAUGGCAACCAGAAAUAAGGAGGCCUUUAACUUUAUUUAUUGUGUACAUUUCAAUGCCGAUAUGAUGACAUGUGUUGAUUUUUUGAUAUAGGAAACUCUUUUAUUUGGAAAAAAAAUUGGCUUGCACAAUUAGCGUUCUUAUUUCCUGUAUAGGCCGAGGUAGUCUACAUUUUGGCAAUCGUAAUUUCACAAUGUUAUAGGUUGUAAAAAUCAGGACCCACAGGCUGGAUUAUAUACGGGAAAUAUUGUUUGUAUUUAUCAAAAACUUGGCACAUGAAACUUGACGGUCAAUUUAAGAUGACACAAAAAAAAGAAGAAAUAAUCAUUUAAGUCCGAAUGUUUUCUUUUUCUUUUAUUUACCUGUGGUUCUGUGCUAAUAUAGUCUCACGCGUCAUUUCGUUUCUUUUGAUUUUUUAAGGAUAACUUCUAUUUGAAUUCAAGGAGUUACAUGUGUAUUAUCAUCUAAGAUGGUGAUUUUUAAAAACCUGUCAUGUUAUGGAGAGGAUAAUGUAUCUAGAAGGUUGAUACCUCCUGGUCUUUGUUUAAUUGCUGAGCAAAGGCAUUUCGAAUAAAGACAAUCUGUCUUCAACACUA